AUGAUCAACCUUUUUAUUUUGAAUUUACUACUAUUGUUGGAUAUUACCUAUCCUUAAUUUAUAAUGCAACUGGAUCCUCUUUUUUAAAUUGAAUAAUGCUUUAUUGAAAUAAAAGAUGUAUACUUAAUCGAUGAGUUAAUUGGAUAUGGUAUAUGGUCUAAAUACAAUCCAUUAAGUAUAAUAUCUUAAGUAGGACCAGUUGGAUUAUUUGAUAGUGAUUGUUUUCAUUAUCAAAAUAUUAUUGAAUCAAACUCUGAGAGUUUGAACUUAAUGUAUUAUGAUUGCCUUUACCCCUAAAGUAUGACCAUUCAUAAAUUUCUAUCCUUUAUUGCUUCUGAUGGGUAACAUUUUAAUUAUAAACUAACAAUUGACCCAUUUAAGUAUGAAAAUUUUUGGUAUUUAUUCUAAUUACUUUAUUGGCCUUUCAUCAAUAAACUCGAAUUAAUAAUAAUAACAUAAGAUCAAUAAUUGCUACAUGAAAUAUUGCAUGUUAAUCCAUUUAAAGGAAACAAAAUAUUUGUAAAUUUUGGAAGUAGCCUUUUAGUACAAAAUUCAUAUAUUGAUUCGAUAAUUGGAUCAAGAUAUUCGUAUUUUCCAGGGACAAUUCUUUUAUAUGUUUAAGAUUUAAACCUUACCUACACAUCAUCUCCAGACUUAGAUUAUAUCGAUUAAGCAAUAAAUGAUUUUUAAAGUAACUCAGAAUGUUAUUGCAAAUAAAAUACAUAAUAUUAACUAUUAGAUCAAGAUAUAUCUUGGAUGGAUACAAUAACUUUCACAUCAGAAAAUAUUAAUUGUGAUUCAUUUACAUUUUAUGGUUGGUAUAAAAUAAUAGAAAUACAUUAAAAUGAUGAGUAGUUUACUUAUUAAUUUUUGAAGAUAAUGCCAAAUUUUGAAAAUGAACAAUUAUCUAAUCCUAAUUUAACACCCUUUUAUUUAUCUUAUAAGAUAUCUUCUAAUAAUUAUAAAAUUAUUAUUAGUACAUAUAGUUAUAAAUUUCCAUCAGUUACUUUAGAUUUUACUAAUAAUAAUAAUGCUUUUUUAUUGACUCAAGAGUUUGAAAUAUUGCAUAAAAUAACUUUAUGGCAUAAUUUGUUGGUUAAAUUAGUAGAUGAAUAAAUUGUUAUUUCUAUUAAAUAUUACAAUUCUUAUGAUAUACAUGAAUACAAUGCUUAAUUUAAUGUAAAAUAAUUCAAUAAUGUAUAAUUUAAAUUGUUGUAUGGAAAUUUAUAAAAAUCUCCUUUGAAUUAUCUUGAUAUUUAAACUAGAAAUUAAAUUUUUUAUAAUUGCUAAUAAUAAAUUGAUCAGCAAACCUGUCAUUAUACAUGUUAAGAUUGUGAUGGUCCAACAAAAAGAGAUUGUUUAUCAUGCUCUUAAGAAUCAUCAAGAAUAUAUAUACAAGAAUUUAAAGCAUGUAUUUGUCCCUAUGAUUAUUAUGAUGAUUAAAUUAAUUAGAAUUGUAAAUCAUAUAGUGAUUUAUAAUUUAUAAUAAAUUAAAUACAAAUAGAAAAUGGAUGUAAAUUUGGUUAUUUUGAAUUUGAUGAUUCUUGUUAUGCAUGGUAAAUAUUUAUUAAUAUAAAGUCCUUCUAUUAUUUCUAAUUAAUUGACAACAUGUUUAGAAUGUAUAUAAAAUGUGAAAGGAUGGUAAUAAAAUCCAUAUUGCUAAACUACUGUUUACAUAAAUCCAAAUGGAAAUACAGCUAAAACAAUAUCUGAUGAAGAUUAUAUAUACUAUGUAUUUGAUGGAUUAGAAUCUUAAAUGUGUAGAUAUUGUAAUUAAUAAUUCUUAUAGAAUAUUGAUAGUAUAUAUCAAGACUUUAAUUUAUUGAUUUAAACAUUUAAAUCAUUUUGUUAACUUAGCAAAAGUUAUUUUUAUGGAACAUUUGACUUUAAUAUUUGUUAUGAAUGUAAUAUUUUAGGAUGCAUUACUUGUUCUAUUGGUAUAAAAGAUUUUCAAUGUACUAUUUGUGAAAAGCCUUGGAUAUUGGUUAAUGGAAUUUGUACAUUGAAUUCUUAUUCUGAAAAAAAUAAUGAAUGCUUAACUCCUUAUUAUAGAAAUUCUAUUGGAGAAUGUAAAUUAUGUAAUCUUUAAAAUUGCAAAUAUUGUUUUGAAUAUAAUAAAAAUGAUCUCUCUAAAUGCACUUUGUAUGCAAAUUUUGAUAAAUUUGAUUAAGAUGAAUAUCUAGCUAUUGGAUGUGCACUUUGUGAAGAUAAUUUUAAUUUUGAUUUUAAUAUUGGAAAAUGCAUUUACAAAUAGCCAUCUUUACCUAAUUGUAUAAGGUCAUUUAUUAAUUUAUAAAAUUAAGAGAUAUGCACUUUAUCAUCCACUGAUUUUAGUAUAGCACCAGAAAUUAUUAAUUGUGAUAAGUUUAUCUCAAACUGUUUAUAAUGUAUUUUAACUCCUUAGUCUUCCAUAAAAUGCAUCAUUUGUUAAAGUGGAUUUACAAGUACUUUAAAUUUAGGAAGUUGUUAUCCAAAUUAAUUUGAAGAUGCAAAAAUAGUAAUAGAGGGGUCUAAAGAAAUAGUUGAUGGUUGGGUUUAAAGAGUAUAAAGUUUUAUGAUGAAAUUUUUACCAAAAUAAUAUUAUUAUUAAAGGCCGUAUAAUGACUAGACUGUUAUAUAAUUUUAAGUUGAAUGUAAAGAAGGAUACAAAUAAAAUGAUUAAUAAGUUUGUAUAAAGUAUUGUACUUCUGAUUGUUUGAAAUGUGCUUUAUCUAUAAAUUCUGACAAUUUUGAUUGUAUUAAAUGUCCAUAAAAUUACUACGAAUAACCAAUUCGUAGUGAAACAGAUGGCUAAUGUAU